AUGAAUCCAGCUACUGAAAAAAAAAUUCUGUCAAAUGCUUGCAAGACAAGAUGACUGUUGACUCACUACUUGGGGAUUUUAAAGGUGAGCUUCAGUCUAAAACAUCCUGAUGAAGGAAUAAAAACUCUAAAAUCUAAAUACCUAAUAGUAAUCAAAGCUUGCGGAAAACUCCUGGAUGGUGAAAGCAAGUGGAAAAUAUUGCAUAUGAAAAACUAUUAA